ACAGCAACCCGGAACUGCCGGGUUCACAACAAGGACACCAGCAGCUGCGUGUUCCCCAGACGUGUCAGAACUGUAAGUUAGAGUAGUUUAGAGGGUUUCAUCCAUUUAUCGAGAUUAAUAUCAACGGUCUGUCAAAUUAAGAGGCCUCGCCUGCUGGCGGAGACUGAGGCUCUUUAGUACUGUGUGGGUGCUUGUGAAGGGCAUGACGGGGGCGGCGGUGCAGAGGGCUCUCCGGGCCCUGCUCCCCCGGAGACUGGCUGUGGCUUCAGGCAGGUGCCCGGCCCCGCUGGAGUCCGUCCUGCCGCCGGCUCCAUGUGCGUUGGCCCCCCCGUGGACGGCCUCUUCUGUCAGGACGCUGCAGCUCUGCUCCGCCUUGUGCGCCGGACACAACAAGUGGUCAAAGGUGAAACACAUUAAAGGACCCAAAGACGAGGCCAGGGGAAGGAUGUUUAUGAAGUUUGGCAUGAUGAUAAAAAUAGCUGUGAAAGAUGGUGGAUCGAACCCAGACCUGAAUAUAAACUUGGCACACAUACUGGAGCAGUGCAGGAACAAAAAUAUGCCCAAAGCAUCCAUAGAGGCUGCAAUCAAGAGUGUGGAAAAGGCUAAACCAGUGUCCCAGCACACGUUUGAAGCUCGGGGACCCGGUGGAUGUCUCCUGCUCAUCGAGGUCCUCACUGACAACAACUCCCGCAGCAAUCAGGAAAUUAAACGCCUCCUUAACAAGAAUGGAGGGACGCUGUCAGAUGGCGUCCGCCACAACUUCACCAGGAAGGGGGUGGUGGCAACGGCAGCCAAGACCAUCUCAACGGAGAGAGCUCUGGAGCUGGCCAUUGAGGCGGGAGCCGAAGAUGUCAAAGAGACUGAGGAUGAGGAGGAGCAGCCCCUCCUGCAGUUUAUUUGUGACAUGGUGGACCUGAAUAAGGUGCGGGCCUCAUUGGAGAAGCAAGGAAUGCAGAUCAUGUCUUCUGGGUUGGAGUUUGUUCCCAGCACCCUCUCGCCUCUGGACCAGGACCAGCUGCAUGCUGCUUCAACACUAAUAGAGGCUCUCAAUGACUGUCCAGACGUAAUUCGAGUGUGGGAUAAUAUCCAGGCUGACAGCUGAGUACAAUCUCUGGACACUUGGUGGACACUGAACAGCUUGCAUGUGGAAUAUUUCAUUUCCCAAAGAGAGGUCUUGAAAAACUUGUGCGUCAGUUGGUACUGAUACUACUGCUUGUCAUUUCAUGUGAGGAGACGACAUUACUAGUAUGAAAAUCUGAGUGUUGUGGCCAUUUUGUUACCGUCUACAAACUUUGGAGGGAAAUUAAACUGUGAUCCUUGUUUGGAUUUAAAGUGAUGUUUUGCCUUAAAUAUUUUCUGUGGUCAGACUACACUUUUCUACAAAUGUUCAUUAGCAACUGGUCUUGAGCAGAUAGAAGUCAUCCCAGGGAUAAACUAUCACCACUUUCCUUCAGUAUUUUUCCCAAAAUGGUUCAUUUCAACAGACACAAUUUGUGAAAUAGGUCUUUUAAAAGUAGGUCAAAAUUGUUAACAGGAGCUUUUUUUAUUGGACAAUAAUUCAUGAGACAUGGAAAUGAAAAUGUUUCAUCGAAAGGAAAUUUCACUUGUACUAGUUGAGGAAGGAAACAAUGUACAACUAUUAACAAGGAUCAAAUUAAAAAACUAGAUUUAAAGACCCUCUCCAGAGAUGUUUCACAAAUAAAAGUUUUCUGUUUGGAAUAAUAA